GCCCAAGCGACCGCAGCCAAGAGCCGCGCCAGCGGCCCUGUCGGCGCCGGCGCUGGCGGAUGGACGCGGCCGCCGCCGCCGCGGAGGGUGCCGAGCCCGUGCCAGCGGAAGGCGCCGCCGCUGGCGGCGGUGCCAUGGCCGCACAAGGCUCACCGUCCGCGGCGGAGCUGAAGGCGGAGGGCAAUGCCGCGUACCAGCGCCAGGACGUCCAGGCGGCCGUCGGCUUCUGGAAUGCCGCCCUCCGCGAGCACGUCGAGGGCCUCGGCCGCGGCGGCGGCCCGCCGUCCCUGUCGCAGGAGUCCCGGGCGCUGGAGCUCUCCCUGUACCUCAACCUGGCGCAGGGCUACCUCAAGCUCGGGGACCCCGGCAAGGCCCUGCGCGCCUGCCAGGUCGCCGCGGGGGAGGACCCGGGCAACGCCAAGGCGCACUUCCGCGCGGCCGAGGCCUGCCUGGCCCUCUCGCGCCCCGGCGAGGCGGAGCGCUGGCUGGCCCCGGUCGCGGACGCGCAGGGCAGCGGCAGCGAGGCGGCCGCGCUGCUCCGGCGGGUGAGGGCGGGCCGGGCCGCGGAGGCCAAGAGGGAGAGGGAGGUGGCGAAGAGGAUGGCGGCCGGGGCGCUCGGCUUCUCGGAGGGCCGCGAGGCGUCGGAGGGCCCGGGGGGCGCCGUCGCGGGCGCCCUCCUGCAGGACCCCGCGAGCAUGGCGUGCGGCGCCCACGUCGCCGAGGCCGCGGCGCGGGCCGCCCAGGCGCGCGAGACCCGGCUGCACGCCGCGGCGGACCCACUGCCGGAGCCGAGGGUGGACGACCUGGACGCGUUCCGAGCAAAGGUCCUCGCCAGGUCGCGCAGGAUGAACAGCUCGAUGCAGCGGAGCCUCAGGGGGCGGGACAGGGCGCAGGGCUCCCUCAGACUGGAGUGGCUGCGCAGCGGCCAGGACGGCGCGGCGCUGGAGAGCUUCGCCUCGCCCCUGCAGGCCGAGCUCCGCGCCAUCGCGGCGGAGGGGCAGGCUGCGGCCGAGGCCGAGGCCGAGGCCGCGGAGCGAGCCGGGGUGUCCUCGGCGGAGGGGGCGUCGGGAGCCUCCAGCGCCAGCGCCGGCGCGACCGAUGGAGACGGUCCGCGGAGGAUGGACGAGAUGGACUGAGCACCCUUUGGAGCUCGGCGGUGUGUGGCUGGCCUCCCUCGUGGGCGCCUGACCGGGGGCCAGGGGGGAAAGGAGCGAUCCUGCGGCACGGUCGAAAACGGCGAUGGCCGAAGUCCUGUCAUGACAUCGGCCUCUGCCCAUAUCUCUUUUUCUCUUUCUCUCUCUCUCUCUCUCUUUCUCUCUUUCUCUCUUUCUCUUUCUCUCUCUCUCUCUCUGCCUCUCUCUCUCUCUCUCUCUCUCUCCCUCUCUCUCU